CCUACCUACUUUAGUGGGGAGAGAGAAGAGCGAGUGGGGAUUUGCGCACUUCUUUCGACCGGGCUCGGGUUUCAGAGUGAACAGUGUCCUCCUCUGCAUGAGUUGUCUAGUUUCCUUGGUUCCGCGGUCGCCGUUCUUGCAGCUCCUCGCCAGGUUUUGGCAACAUAAUCCAGAGGAGUGCAGCGUAAACAAUUACAUGGCGCCAUCCGCUAUGACAACGAAUUUGGAAGCGAAUUGAAAGCGAUUUCUUUAGCGACAAGUGGAGCAAAUUGUUUUCGGGGUGUAACGACGACCAAGUUAUGGCGCAAUCUGAGAUGACAACUAUUUCCGACGAGACCCAGGAGGAGUUGGAGCAAGGGUUGCCUAACAUCGAGAAGCAGUUCCAAUGGGAGUGGGAAUUGCGAAUCACCCAGGAGUCGUGGGGGCAGGAGAUUUGGCAGCAGGAGUUGAGGGCAUGGCAAUUGUUUCAGUUGCGGGAGCAGGCGUUGCGGGAGCAGAAGUCACAGGAGUUGCGAAAGAUCCAGGGGGUGUGUGAGUGGAAGAAGCGAUCGAUGCGGAAGAAGCAAUAUGUGACGAGAGAGGUGGAGCUGUCGGAGAUGUUGGAGGCCUACGAGAGAAAGUGGUACCAUCGCCCACUUUAUGGAAAGGAUGCCGAAAAGCACUUUCCAAAAACGACUGAUGUGCCUUCUCAUCCGAAACAAUGGAACAUGGUUCCGCCGGUUCAGAGUCCUUCCCUACCGCCGAGCUCUUCUUUUCGUUCACCGACUUUGUUCAUGUCUGAAGAGAUUCCAGAUUCAAAUUCCCCGGCUGGCAAAGGAUCGGGAAAGACGACCCCUGCUGUUAUAGCCGCUCUGGACCAGGUUGACCGGAAGGUUCAUGUGCCCCAGACUCUUAUUUUGUGUCCCAAGACAGAGAACGUUAAUGAGUGCAUGGAUAUGUUGAGUGGAAACGAAAAUUCCAUAGGAGUAACGUCAUGUAUCGCCGGAACGUCCACAUUUCGCGAGGGAAUCAAGGCUCAAGUUGUCGUUGGCACACCUGGUGACGUGAAGCGCUCGAUCUCGGUGCACAAAACUUUUGACACAAUACAUCUCAAUAAAGUGAUAUUUCUGGAGCCGAUGACAUUUUUGCGGUGGAUGGAUAUAUGGACGAUACCUUCAGGAUUAUAAAGUACAUCAAGAAGAAGCAGAGCAGUAAUUCUGGGAAGACAACAAAAUUCAACGUACUUAAUAAUGUUAAUAAUAGAUAUAUAGAUAUAUAGAUAGAUAGUUUGAUUAUUUAUUUUAUCUUGUUAAUGUUUUGGAUUUUCGUUCAACGACGUCCGGUCUUAGUUUGUGUUACGGAAAGGGGAAAUUGCAGUUGAGUUCCUGGGUUGGUUUUCCGUCAUGCAGCUAUUGUUACUCACUUCAACUGUCAACGAUAAAGUGAGUUCUUUUAUACUGAAGACUGUUCCUGACGGGGCCAAAUGUUUCAUAUCUGACCACACCCAGCUCGCACCGGCCCUUGUCUGGGGGUAUCAAAUCGAGGGCUCCGAUGCUUGUGCACAAAUCAAUUCCUGCUAGGAGAUCACGAUGGACUGCUUCAAUCGGGAUACAAAUGGCAAUGGUAGGCUGCUGAAGAUGAAGCUUGUUGAAGAUAUGUGGAUUGGUUCACAGAUUUGUUUCUGUAAGGUCACUGGUGUAUGUGUCGCAUUCAUCUUACUAGGAGCAGUGGGAAUUGUAGGGGAGAGUUAUGAACACUUGGAUCUUCCAAACAACGGCGCUGACCUUCAGGAGCGCCAGAAGUUUGUGCUUUGAUUCUUGCAGUACCUACCAGUGCCAGAUGAUGCACGCGAGCGACUUGCAGAAUACCAACGGGAGUACGCCACGCUAUUGUUAGAAUGGAAUACGCUUGAAGAGAUUCUACAUGGUUAGCAGCAUGUAGAUGUGGAGAAGUUUUUUGGAAUCUAGAUGGGCAUGUUGUUUUCAGUCAUGGGAUUAAGAUUGGAAGAUUUUCAGUGCAGUGGAUUGAAACAGGCAAACCUGAAGUUUGAGAGUUGAAACAGUUCCCCAGUUCAAGUGAGUCUUCUACAUGUUGAGUGCACUCUAACGACUUGAAAUGAAGCAGGUCGAGGUUAUGAACUAAUCUGCAGUGUAACCCGGUGCCACCAUUUUGUGGAGACAAGAGAAUGUACACAGCUUAGAUAGAUCCACCAGCACGUAGUGGUAAUGGAUUUAGUGAGCACAUGAAUUGUUUGUUUGAAAAGAUCCGCUGCAAAGGUAUGAUCGUUUUUCUCUCAAUGUGUGUGAGGGAGUACAUGGUGCAGAAAAAACCAAACGAUGAUCUAUACCGCAUCUUGCGGGGUACAAGCUUGCUACUGUUUUUGAGUUGGGAUAGUGAUGUUUCAGAAGUGGUAUUUCAUGAACGUGGGCCUCGACUGACAUUGCUGUGUUUCCUGUUUUUUAGAACCUGGCAGGAAGGCCAACGAGUUAUAGAAAUGAGAAGUCUUCUCAAAGGCGCUUCACUCUAGAUUGACGAGUUGCGAAAUGUUCACAUCUCUCUUGAUAUUGUGACAACAGAUUCCGACAGGUUUCGACAUGGUGCUUGUGGAUACUUUGACAACAGGUUUCGACAUGGUGCUUGUGGAUACUUUGACAACAGGUUUCGACAUGCUGUUUCUUUGGCAGCUGUGUAGAUUUUCGUUGAUGAAGGGGAACCGUUUCUCCAAUCAACAAUCGGGUGUUGUUGUGAUCUGGGUACUGUAGUUGCAGUUUGAGAUACUGCACUCUUCCAUCCCCUGAUCUACUAAUUCAGGCGAUGGAAUUGAGUAGUUUAUUCCUUUCAACAAUCGGCUCUUUACUGCUUGGGUUCCAAAUUUGAAUUGUGCAUUUCGAUUUCAACAUUUCAUAAAAAGUAUUCUUCAAGAUUCUGUCAA